AUGGGUGUCGGUCGCCGUAUGAAGAAGCAGGGCCCUCCGGCCCCGCUCGAUGAGUCAAAAAUCACAAUGCUCAAGAAACGCAAGGCUGGCGCGGCUGAGGCACCUCCGAAGCCUGCACCAUCAAAGCGUCGCAGAUCUGAUGCCGAUGAGUCUGUCUCGAAGAAGGAAGUCCCCAAGAAGAAGAAGGUCAAUGGUGCUGCUCUCAAGGCCGAUUCCAAGGAAUCGAAGAAGCAGCCCGCAGUUACAAAGAAGGCUGUGCCGGUGCCUAUGUCUGAUGAUGAUGAAGAUAUGGAUGAUGAGUUCGGUGAUCUCGAUGGGAUCAGUGACGGCUCAAUGGAUAGCGACGAUCAGGUUGAAGGAUUGUCUGACCUAGAGGAUGAUAACUCGGUUGUCGACUCUGACGACGAGGGCCACACCCGUGGAGCCAUGUUCUCUGACGACGAGGAUUCCGAUGCCGAAGAGAGAUUGACCGCCGCCAACAUCGAGGGUCUGUCGCGGAAAUUGGAUGCUGAGCAACAAGAGGAGGAGGAGGCCGCUGAGCAGGAAAUGCAGGAAGCCGCCAUGCAGACCAAUAUCGCUGCACCCGAUGUGUUCACCGACCAAGCCCAGCAGGGUCUCGCCCCUGAUCUGCAGCUGCUUCGCCAGCGCAUCACAGAUACCAUUCGAAUCCUGGGUGAUCUGAAGACCCUCGGCCUGCCCGGUAAGUCGCGCACCGACUAUAUCGAUCUCCUGCUCGACGAUAUCUGCACAUACUACGGCUACACUCGAUUCCUGGCCGAGAAGCUCUUCAACCUGUUCACCCCCAGAGAGGCCUUUGCCUUCUUCGAAGCUAACGAGACUCCUCGCCCUGUCGUUAUCCGUACCAACACUCUGCGAACCAACCGCCGAUCUCUCGCCCAGGCCCUCAUCAACCGUGGUGUUGUCCUCGAGCCCGUUGGCAAAUGGUCCAAGGUUGGCCUGCAAGUCUUCGAGUCUCCGGUUCCCCUGGGUGCCACCCCCGAGUACCUGGCUGGUCACUACAUUCUCCAGGCUGCCUCUUCUUUCCUCCCCGUCAUGGCUCUCGCCCCCCAGCCUAAUGAGCGAGUCCUCGAUAUGGCCUCUGCCCCCGGUGGUAAGACGACAUACAUGUCCGCCCUGAUGCGCAACACUGGCUGUGUCGUCGCAAACGAUGCCAGUAAGCCCCGUGCCAAGGGUUUGAUUGGUAACAUUCACCGUCUCGGCUGCAAGAACACCAUUGUGACGAACAUGGAUGCCCGCACUGCUUUCCCCAAGGCCAUGGGUGGCUUCGAUCGUGUUUUGCUCGAUGCUCCCUGCACCGGUACUGGUGUCAUCUCGAAGGAUCCUAGUGUCAAGACCUCCAAGAACGAGCGUGAUUUCCUCGCCAUUCCCCACAUGCAGCGCCAGCUUCUUUUGGCUGCAAUUGAUUCUGUCGACCACACUUCCAAGACCGGUGGAUACGUUGUCUACUCUACUUGCAGUGUGACAGUUGAAGAGAACGAGGCUGUUGUGCAGUAUGUUCUUCGCAAGCGUCCCAAUGUUAAGAUCGUGGAUACCGGCCUUGGUGGCUUCGGUAGCCCUGGAUUCCUCAGCUAUAUGGGCAAGACUUUCGAUCCCAAGAUGGCGCUCACCCGCCGUUACUUCCCCCACCGCGAGAACGUUGACGGUUUCUACGUCUGCAAGCUCAAGAAGACUGCCGUAACCCCCGUGGCCAAGUCGGACGACACCGAAUCCCGUUCCAAGGGCCCCAAGAAGGCUCGCAGUGCUUCCUCGGCUGACUCCACGGACGACGAGUCCAUUGACAGGACCCCGAUUGUUGACGAGAACGGCCACGCCGCUGAUUUCGAAGGUGGUGCCUUCAGCUCCUUCGAGGAUCCUGAGGAUGCCGAGCGCAUUGCUCGCGCUGAGCGCAACCGUAUUCGUCGCAAGGGUCUUAACCCCAAGGGUGUUCUGAACAAGCCCAAGAAGAGCAAGGCUGAGGUGUCAGAGAAGACAAGCGAGACAGCAACACCGAGCCUGGAAGAAGAGACCAAGGCCGUUUCCUCAAAGAAGUCUACCACUGAGCCAAAGGGUGAGAAGAAGGCUGUGGUUAAGGAAGAUAAGAAGCCUGCCACUAAGGCUAAGGAAGAGAAGAAGCCGGUGACCACGGAAAAGGAAGAGAAGAAGACCGUGGCCAAGAGCAAGGUCGAGAAGAAGGAUAAGAAGUCGGCCAAGAAGGCCAGCAAAUGA